UGUAUAUGGUACACAAAAUUAAACAGAGAAAUGAGAUAAUAUGUUUCAAACAUGGCAGCAGGAAAACGUUAGGUCACACUGGCAACGAAACCCAACUGGGCUUACGCACUUCCGGCUAACACCGGAAGGAGCGCUAAAUUUGAAAAGUCUCAAACCUAAGGCUAGGUAGCGUUGGGAUAGUUGUGGGCAUUUGUGUAGCAGCUAUUUAAUAGAGUUAUUGUGUUCAUUUACAAUCCCAACUGAAGUAGUGUAUCUUGUAAUAUUGGGAGAUUAAGCUACGUUAGCUAGCUGCAUUUUCUAGACUUUCCUGCAAAAUACGCAGCUAAACUAGCUAACUAAGUACAUAGCUUUCGAAUUAUAGCUAGCUAUCUUGCUAGGUUAGCUAACGCUACGUUGGCGUUUUGUUAAACUGGAUUUCAGUUUAACAAUCAUUUCGUUAGCUAGCUCGCUAACCUCUGGCGUUAGUUUAAUUAGGUUAAGCUGCUUUUCCAAACUGUCCCUUGGAUGCAAUGGAAACGUCGCAGCGCUUCUUCGCUCAGGUCCGGAACCUGGUCGUGUUUUUAGAGACGGAGAGAGCGAAGCUGGAGCACGCUGCGAGCAGCAACAUCAACGAAGAGCAAGACGACACAGCCAGUGGGGCGGUCCAGGCACUACAUGAGCUCCACUCUGAGGUUAGAGGACUGAAGAAACGGGUCCAAAGCCAAGUGGCAUCUCAUCAGGCUGGGAAUGCAGAGCUGAGCAGCUUCAUUAGGGCCUGCAUGGUGGUGAAACAGCGAACCACCGAAGACCUUGAUAGAAUCAGGAGCCACUAUGAGAAAUAUGGAUACAAACCACAAGAAAAGGCUUUCCAAAAAACCUCAGAGGGAAAUGGUAAAGGUGAGACAGAGUCCAGGCGUCCUGUAGAAGAAGUGCCGGGGAGAGGGCUAACUGGGGUGACGGUUGAAGAGGAGGAGGAAGAGGCUCAGGUUCGGAUUGCGGCUCCGGAAACGCCCGAGAAGACGCCUCCUGCAGCCGACGACCAGAUGCGCACGCCGCAGCUCUCGGACUUCGGACUCUCCACGUUCCACCUCCAGAUGGUGCUUGGCAACGCAGAACCGUCCGAUGGUGUAGCUCGUCCCCCAGCCCUGACUCUCUCCCCGCCCCCGUUCGUCAUGACGACGGAGCCAUCGCAGCCGAAGACACCCAGGUGCUCUCUGCGCAUGGACGAGGAUGCUCCUACCCCUCGACUGGAAGACUUCGGCAUCACGGAACACACGAUGUGUUUGAAUAAUGACUUCACCAUGGACCUGUUUCGUAAGAACCCGACAAAGGACAGGAAUGCUGACAGCUUUAAAAGCAAAAUGGGAGAUGUUUCAAAACAUCACCUCAAAACACCACCUCAAAACACCUCUACUCUGCCAUCUGGUGGCCAAUCUCAGAAGUGUUCCCGUGAGAGCAUGGAAUCUCCAGAAGUGCCUGUUUUCUCCAUUCUGGAGAUUACAGUGAAUAAACAGUUGGCUCCACCCUCUGCUCCGUCAACCAGAGAGAGUGAGCCUCAAUCCCCCCCUGGUCAUGGUAACGGAGCCGCAACGCCUGAACUUCCUGUGUUUGAGACACCUUAUAUCACCAAGCUUGUCAGCGCAAGAAAGGGAGGUAGACAGGAUCGUCUCCCAUCCCUGACCAGCCUGUCGGAGCCCUCGGAGUGCUUGCCCGGAACAGUUGCAUUAUCUGACCAGCCCCAGAUGCCAGUCGGUCUUCCUCAGGAAAAGAACACCACGCCUGAAAUGCCAAGCAUGCAGUCCUAUUUCGGCAGCUCCUUGCCAUGUAUGGGCGGAGGCAGGUGGGCUGAUCCCCUGGCCCCUGCUGUGCCCACGGAGGAGGAGCACACCCAGGACUGGUGUCUGGCCACCCCACGCCUCCGCAUGGAUUUCCAAGAAGAGCCACGCACACCGGAGAUGCCUGACAUGAGUUCCGUCACGCAGGAUAUCUUCAAACUCGUGUCUCAGGGAAAUUGCAAAAAACCCACCGCCACGUCAGUACAGCAAACCUCGAAGGCUCGUUUGCAGACAUCGGCACCUGGGAAGGAGAACAGAGCUCACAGUCUUGCUCCAGUGUCUGAGGAGGAGUUUCACAGAUUGGCCUCUUACAUGAAACAGAUCCCCCUCUCCAGUUUGAACCAAGCAAUCGACAAACUCAACCGAGUCACUGAGGAGAGAUGUAGAGAUGGUGAGCCCAACUUUGAAGUGUUCCAUAUGGAAGAUUUGAGGAAGCUUCUGGAGGCGGGGCCUCAGGCCCCCAUGUACAUCUUGGGUCUUGUUGAGCUGAAAAGAUUGGAGAACGUGCAGGGUUUUGGAAGGAAUGCAACGUUCAAGAUCCUGACAAAGACAUCAGAUUAGAAGUCUUGAACCAGACAUUAACACAUUUUAAUUUCCUCUGUGGUCCCAUGCAUAUAUAUUUUGCUUAAAAAAAAAACAUUAAAUGUUUUUAUUGGUAGUUCAGUGCUUGCUAGUUGGAACUUCAGAAUAUGAAAUCUCCCAAAAAUAUUUUCUUGUUUAAGUAGAAAAUGUUCUCAGUUAUUAAUAGAAUAAUCUACUUAUUCUGUAUUUUAAGUGUAAAAAGUACAUUAUUUUGAUAAUAAAUAUAU